UUAUACGAAAAUAUCGAAAUUAAACAGUUUGACAUUUUGGGCCUUAAGAGAUGGUAUUUAACGCAAACUAACCCUUCCGAUUUAAUAUGCAAAUGUUUUUGGCAUAAGCUCCGACGUUUAAGACAUUUGCACGAUAUUGUGCUUCCACUUUGUCAGUUUCGUACGUGUGACACUUCAUAAGACCGGUUAAUUUUACGCUCAUGUCUAAUUCAUCAUGAUGCGAUUCCUUCUUCGGGAAAUCUUUUGAUAAUACGUGAUAUUCUCACCAUUUAACUAUAAAGGGCGGAGGAGAGUGUACAAUCAAAAUUGUGAUAGAAAACCACUCGUACAAACUUCUAGAACACAUGACACUUAAUGCGUGCGUGCAAAUACGCAGAAUCUUUGGCUCCGACUUCCGAGAAAGCAAGUAAACGAAUCCAUGGGUUAAGUUUUCAACUUCAGUAGUGAUUGUGCACAUCGACGUAAUGCGUGUAAUAAUAGAAAUAAAAGUAUUCCUUAUUUGAAACCUCGAUCCAUAUUUUCCCUACCCGUUCGGUCGUGAUAUUUUUCAAACAAAAGGAUAAGAAAACGAUCCCUUGAGAGCCGAUAAUCUGUUGCCCAAUAGGUACCUGCUAGCAGGCAUGAGAGAAUAUUACAUCGACACAUGAAGUUAGAGAUUUUUCUUAGCAUUUUACAACCCUUAUUUUCUGUACCACUUAAUGAUACGGAAUGUUCUUUAAUAUUCUUCAUGCGUCAUUGUCACAUGCCCUUCACCUGAGAGCUUGUCGCCAAACUUCGUCAAAUUUGCAUUGGAAUGUUGUUUCACAGCCAUGCGGGUAUUUUUAAUUGCGCAACUAAAGAGCAUAUUGAGUAAUUCAAAGUUAGCAAGAACAAACGGUAUCUUUCUUUUGCUAAGAAAAUGAAAGCUACGCUUUCGAUAGCUGUGGCUGCCUCGCGGAAAUCGUUCAACAUUUAUGACUUCCUUAUCGACAACCUGACACUAGCGAGCGCGUGACCAGACUGUUGUGUCUCAAUCCAAAAAUAAUCCAUAGAUUUCGCGCCAAAUUCCACCGGGAUGAACUUUGGAGUAUUACAGUCCACUCGAUUGUUUUUUGCACAUGUUGAUUGGCUAAUGAAACAAUUGAUAGUUUUCUUCCGUGAUCUGAACCAAUCAGGUGUUUGUUAUUAUCACGUGGUAUGCUUAUGUUCUGCAACCAUGAAUGAAUGACUGCAUGUUAGCGCGCCACGACGACGGUUUAUUUUACUCUUUUGUUUUGGUUUAAGCCGAAACGUAGAUUCAUUCCUCGUGGUGAGAGAGACACGAAAACGAAAAUGUGGGACAGAAACAUCAUGAGUUCUUGCGAAGUAGUUAAAGAUCGCUUAUAUUUUGUGAGUGUGAGUUGUAAACCGCGAAACAACUCGUCCUAUCACUAUUUUAGCGUGGAUCCUGACUGGACUCUCGACGGUUGUAAAUUUCACGACACACCUUACUUCGGACCGCCAAAUCUGGCUGGAAUCUACCGUUUCUGUUGCCUUGUUAACACUAAACUUCACAUGGUCCCGGUUUCGAAGAAGAUUGUACUUUACACAACAGCUAAUGAGGGUUUUUCCGACGCGAAGAAGCGAACGCGGUCUGUUUUCCUGUGUGGUGCCUUCGCCAUGUGUCAACUCAAGAUGACCGCCGAAGAAAUUUACGCUUUACUAGAAAAGCACUUCCUGUCUUCAACUCUGGUUUCUUACUGCGAUAUCAAUGGUAAUGUAUCCCACAACCUUAGCAUUCUAGACUGUCUCAAAGGUUUUGAAAAGGCAAUAGCGCUGGGGUUCUUCAAAUUUGACGAGUUUGACUUGAAUCGAUACGAGCAGGAAGAGCGCGCUUUUGAUUUGAACUGGAUCAUUCCGGGAAAGUUGUUGGCGUUGAGUGAUCCUCAGAGAAGACCUGAACUCAAAGUGAGUCGAUUCAGUCGCCUGAGAAAAUAUUUCAGGCAGACUGGAGUCAAGGGUGUCGUAAGACUGAAUAAGGACGACAACAUGGUGAAAUACGGGCUUAUUUACGAUGCGCGAUGUUUUACCGCUAACGGCUUCUCGCAUAGCGAUCUUUACUAUGAAGAUGGUGGAAUUCCAACUAAAGCAAUCAUCAAGAAAUUCACACGAGUCGUUGAUCAGUGCGAUGGAGCCGUCGCCGUUCACUGCCGAGCCGGUUUAGGAAGAACAGGAACUCUAAUCGCAUGUUAUUUGAUCAGACACUACCGAUUUUCAGCUGCCGAGUCCGUAGGUUGGUUACGCAUCUGUAGGCCGGGCAGCGUGUCAACACUUCAACAUUGUUUCCUCGAACAUAAACAAGAACCGAUUAUGCGGGGGUAUCCCGAAGAUAUGAAGAUCGAAGAUCUUACCGAAGCCGUGAAAAAAAGUUUGAACAUAUUUUCCUACCAAAACACGAUCAUCGAAGAGCAGGAGGAGUAAACAUGAAUAUUUAUGACACUAAUAUGUGUUACUAGGAAAAUUCUUUGACGUCUAGCUUGUGGGGCGGCAAACGACAGCUGGGAGAAUAUUAAUGAGGAACUUCCUUCUUAGCCAAUUGCUUGCCAAGAAAACCAGACAUGUUUAUUUUGAUCUCACCCGAAGAUGAAAUGUGUCUAGCUUUGAUCAAUCUUCAGUGCCAGGAAAAUUGAUUCAAGCCAACUCCUCUUUAAUUUUUUUUUUUUUUUUUUUUUUUUAAGCUCUGAGGUUCUCUUAUAUUUGGUUACUUGA